AUGACCGAAGCAGUCGAUGAUGGUAGUAUGAGAUCACAUAGACGGAGGUUUGCCGCCUUUCCUCCUGACGGAUCUUCAUUACGCUUUCGUCAAAAUCUUAUCAGGCAGAUUGAAUCGGAUGUCGAGCGAGAUGAAGGUUCGGAUGAUGUCCUCUUCAAUUGUCACUGA